AUGACGGAUAAUCCUUCUCAGCCGUACCCUCCGACCACUCAACGCCAUCCUCCCCCAUCUUUCACACCAACAUCGUCCCGCGAUCCUGACAGCAAUACCUCCGCCGCCGGCCAUCAGGCCAGGCACAACAGACUCUCAAUAGCCGCUAUCGCCCGUGAGAAAACAACCGCUGCUCUGGCCAACCUCUCCGUCCGUACCAAGACAUCGACACAGUCUCUGCACUCAUCGUUAUCAUCGUCUGCGGAACUACCCAAGCAGGCACCAACCGUUGCACCGUCUGCCGACAACAAUCCCAGGCAGCAAAAGGGCUAUUUCAAUAUCUCGCCUGGUCGCCCUGACGUUAGCAAGGAGCCUGAAUCGGCCAUCUCACCUGGCUCAGUCCACAGCCCAGGAGCCGAGGGCUUAGCCCCAUCAGCUGGUUUGUCUUCUCUUACCCAAGACCGGCGACGACUCCUAAAUAGGACUCCCUCCCCUUCAAUCCGUAACAUCCCAUCCCCAUCAACGGAAACCCCUCAACAGGCCGCACAAAACAAGAUGCAUCAAACGUCUUCGAGGCUUCUCCGGAUGACAGAUGAAGAACGACCAUUCACCAGAGACUUCGAAGAUUUGUUCUCGACGCUGAUGGUCAGCCUGCCGCUGUCAGCUCAUCGUGUGCGUUUCCAAAAGAUCGAACAUACAUUUACUUCGGAAGAAGCCAUCAACAAUCUUGGCUCUCUCAAAUUCUCCCAAUCGAACCGGAUGCCCGAUCCGAAAGAUCCGUCACGCAUCGUGACCACCACGACCACGACGACGUUCUCGAUGGCGAAGGAAAUGGCGCGAUCGGUUUGUCAGCGCUUUAUGGACGCUCGCUUCGUCGAGCACGCAGACAUGAGAACCGUGCCUGUCUUUCCCCUCAAGAAUGCCGUUUGGCACCUUACACCAAAAGGUAUGCAUGUACUGACCCGAUUCUGCCAGCGCAAUGGCAUCAACCAAAGACAUGUGCUUGAUCUUUUGGAUGGCGCCCGCAAUACCAUGCAAUUGGUCAUCUUGGAAAGAGACGGUACCUCGGAUAAGCUAUCGCAUGAUCGCGCGACGAUAGAAGUCAUCUUCCGACGAUUCGCUGGUCAGGAUGGUCCUAACAUCAAGCUCAGCACAUCAGCCUCUGAUAAUGACUCACUGAGCGAUUACUACAAUGGAAUGAUAGGUGUGAAGAUGGCAAAAGAAAGAAAGAUCUUAGACCGUGUUGUUCCAAAUACUUUUACUGGCAAGACAGCUGUCGACUGGCUGAUGGAUUGCUGUACCACUGUGGAUCGCAGAGAAGUGUAUGAGAUUGCUGAACUUUUCGUAUCUCACGGACUCAUCUGGGCCGUCGUAGAAGACAAAGUCUAUGCUCAUCAGAACCCCGGUGCAUCAAGAUUCCAGCCCACUAAGAAUGCCAUCUACGGUCUCACAGACAAGGGCCAACGCAUUGCAGGAUGGCUAGGGAGAGAGGAUAGUCCAAGUGGUGAUGAUAGCAGAGGAGAGUCGUCAAAGAACGCCAGGAACAACGCUAAGAAUCAACCAAGAGACUCAAAUAACAACCGACUCAACAUCAUCGUCAAUGAUCCAGCUCUGCGUCUCCUAUUCAGGGAGUUCUUGCGAGACACCCAUUGCGAAGAGAACUUGGCAUUCUACCUUGAGGUUCGAGAGUUCACAAGGAGCUACGACGCUGCUGAAAGAGCAAAGGCCUUCUCGAAGCUAGACACGAUUAGGGAGAAUCUGGCGGCUGCAUAUGGUCUCUACAACGCCUUUUUGGCACCUGGCUCUCCAUGUGAGCUCAACAUUGACCACAAUCUGCGCAACAGCCUAGCAGGACGCAUGACGAGGGCUGUUGGUGAUGAUGACUCACUGCUAAAGAGCUUGCAAGAAGUAGUUGGAUUAUUCAAGGAUGCUCAAACAUCCGUUUUCAAAUUGAUGUCAAGCGAUUCCGUUCCCAAAUUUCUCAAAGAACCCAAAUAUGCCGCUGUGCUGGCCCAGCACAACUUUGAUCAUGCGGUGGCACAAGCAAACCAACACGGAUCGUCACAGAUGGUCCUGCCGGAGCGAUCAAGAAGUAAAGCUGUUCGAGACCGGGAUCAUCGGGCGUCGUAA